AAUUCGACAUUUUAGUAGCUCCAAAACGUACAAAGACAUUCAAGUGGGUUGUAGAUGUCAAUAAUGCGGCGCUUGAAGAUCUCCGAAGUUCUAUAAUUGCGAUGCACCAUUUAAGAAAUGGAAAAAAAUGCUUCCGCAAAGUAUAUGACUUUUAUGGGCUCGGUGAAGAAGACGAACCCCAAUUGACAGCACUCCCUCCCCUUGACUGUGGCUGCGCGAAAUUAGAAGGUGAAAAGGCAGAAUCCAUUAUUAAACAUAUUAUGUUUAACCUGAAUCUCCGACAUAAGUAUAUGCCUACCGGUAACGAAGCGUCUAAGGAUAAGUUGGAGAUUCGUGUUGAGAAACAGAUCUCAGGUCCGAAUGGACAUGGGCCUGUCGAUUUUGCCUUAGUUUCACAAACUUCUGAAGUAAUUUGUGUAAUAGAAGUUAAGGCAAAGGACUUCCUACAAGGCAUUGCGCAGAAUACUGUGCAAUGCGAGGCAGCUCUAAUGAAAUGUAGGAAAAAUGUUCUCGGAAUCAUAAUUGAUUCUGAGAAAUGGUACUUCUUGAAAUGCUCAUUAGACAGUGAAGAAAAGCCCAAUUUUAGUUUAUCGAGGCCUUUAGUCGUCGUAUAUGGCGAUGAUGAUAUGGAAAAGCGGGUAAAAGAAGUUUUAGGGCACAUUGUAUGGCUAUUGAAUGAUUUUCAAAACAAGUUUGGAGCCGUUUAA